CCCACGAGUGGCUGGCCCAGCUCUGGAACCCGCCGCCCAGAGCAACGGGGCAAACAGAACCCAGCAGGACUCUGCCUGUUCUCUAGACAGGCUGUCUCUGCUCACCCCUGCUGCCCCCCCUGGUCUGUGGGGCCAGUGCUGCCCCCCAUGCAGCACCCCAAACCCUUCUACCCUCCCUCCACCCCCCAGGAAGGUGUCAGCCCCCGGGCCCUGAGCAGCUCGGAGGCGCUGGGGGUCCAGCCUGAGCCGCUGCCGGCUGUGGCUGCUUCCAACCUGCCGUGUCAGCCCCCGAACCCAGAGAAGGACGUGUUCCCAGGCCCCCCAGCAGGCUUCCAGAUGGCGCCCUGCGGCUGUUUCUUCGACCCCCGCAUCUACCGAAUAGAGUGGGCCACCCCCGACUUUGGCCAAGCACCCCUGUACCGGCUGGCAGUGGCUGGGGGCCCCGCCAUGCCCAAUGGCUACCUGCUGGAGCCCCAAUCUUACCUCAAGACGCCAGGCCCACCCCCACCGGACCCCCACUACCAGCCGGGGCCCGGGGGGCUGCAGUACAUCCUGCCCUACUUCCCCCACGAGGGGCCCGGGGCCCUGGGCUUCGUGGGGGAUGGAGGGACCCCUGGCUUUGUGGAGCUCCUCAAGGAGGGCCUGGCACCGCUGCCACCCCCCAAGGAGGGGAAGCCAGGACCUCCACCCCACGCCCUGCCCGCCGACGGGGCGCCCACACCCUAUAGGGCCCCCAAGGCCGCCGGCCACACGUCAGGGUCCCCGGCAGCCCCGUGGCCCCCGGAGCCCGAGGCCUCCGCGGCCGCGCCCGCCAAAGAUCCCGCGGGCGAGAGCCUGGCCGGGCCGGGAGCGCGGUGCCCGGCGCCCAGCGAGCCCCGGGGCACGCACGAGGAGGCGGCGGCGCUGGGAGCCGGCGAGGCCGCGGCCCCCGAGGCGGCCCAGGGCGCGGCGCUGCCCGACAAGGUGCUGCUCGAGGACGCCAUGAGGCUGUUCGACUGCCUGCCGGGGCGCGCGGAGCCCGGCGCCGGGGUGCGCGCGGGACCCGCAGCACCUGCGCCCGCCGCACCCCCGCCCUCCGCACCGGGGCCCGCGGCGCCCGGCGGCGGCGGCGGCGGCGACGAUUCGAGCAGCGACAUCCGCUCGCUGCACCUGCCCGACGAGCUGCUGUCCUUCGACUACAGCGUGCCCGAGAUCCUGGACGCCGUGUCCCACGUCGACUACUUCUUCAACUUCAAGGCGCUGGACGAGGAGCCUGCGCCCCCCGCCCCGGCCCCGGCCCCAGCCCCACGGGCGCCGGCCAAGAAGAAGGCCGCCUCCACCUCCAAGAAGGGCAAGGUGGGCGGCAAGAGCAAGCAGGCCGGGGCCGCGGCCAGCGCCGCCCCUCGAGGCCCGGGCAGACCCCGCGAGCUGUCCCCGCAUUAA